AUGGACAUGGAGGGAGAGACGAAAACGUGGCAGGAGACAGCAGAAAAAAACUUGAAAGAGCGAAAGCCAUCAUGGACAAAGCUCCGGCGUGUAGACUCUCUCGAUUUGGAAGCUGAAAAAGUUUCCAAUAAUGCAAACCACUCCUCCAAGCUGGAUUGGAAGAUAACUCUGGCUUUAGCAUUUCAAAGCAUAGGGAUUGUGUAUGGUGAUAUUGGCACAUCUCCACUUUAUGUGUUCGCAAGCACUUUCACCCAAGGCAUUAGCAACACAGAUGACAUUCUCGGGGUCUUGUCUCUUAUAGUCUACACCAUUAUACUCCUCCCCAUGCUUAAAUAUGUCUUCAUCGUACUACAGGCUAAUGACAAUGGCAACGGUGGAGCGUUUGCACUCUAUUCGUUGAUAUGUAGGCACGCGAAGGUGAGUUUGAUUCCAAAUCAACAACCAGAGGACAAGGAGCUCUCCCAUUACAGACUUCAAAAACCAUCUAGCAAGUUGGAAAGAACCCAAAAGAUAAAGCAUUGGCUUGAAAAAAGUCAUUUUGCAAGGGUUAUGCUUUUAUUUGUAACCAUCUUGGGAACCGCCAUGGUUAUUGGAGACGGCAUUCUUACUCCAGCAAUUUCGGUUCUUUCUGCGGUGAGCGGGGUCGGUGGCUCGUUAGGUCAAGAUGCUGUUGUGGGAAUCUCUAUUGUGAUUUUACUCUUCCUUUUUGCCGUGCAACGGUAUGGUACUGACAAAGUGGGAUUUUUAUUCGCUCCAAUUGUCAUGAUGUGGUUUUUAUUGAACGCUGGAAUUGGUCUCUACAAUUUAUUCACACAUGAUAUUGGAGUAUUACGUGCUUUUAAUCCAAUACAUAUAAUUGAUUACUUCAAACGGAAUGGUAAACAAGGAUGGACAUCACUCGGUGGAGUCUUUCUAUGCAUCACAGGAUCUGAGGCCAUGUUUGCUGACUUGGGUCACUUCAAUGUGCGAGCCAUUCAAAUUAGCUUCUCUUCUAUUACAUUUCCUGCACUAUUGGCUGCAUAUAGUGGACAAGCAGCAUAUCUACGAAAGUUUCCUGGGAAUGUGUCCAACACUUUCUAUGCAUGUAUACCUGGAAAGUUAUAUUGGCCAACAUUUGUUGUGGCUGUUGGUGCUGCCAUCAUAGCAAGCCAGGCAAUGAUUUCAGGAGCAUUUUCCAUUAUAUCACAGGCUCAAAGUAUGGGUUGUUUCCCAAGGGUUAAGAUUGUGCAUACUUCCCCAAAGCAUGCUGGUCAGGUGUAUAUUCCUGAGGUCAACUACAUGUUCAUGAUUGCAUGUAUUGUGAUCACUGCUGCCUUCAGAACCACAGAAAAAAUUAGUUAUGCAUAUGGGAUUGCGGUAGUUUGUGAUAUGUUUAUCACAACAUGCCUGGUUUCCCUUAUAAUGUUGAUUAUAUGGAAGAAAAGCAUGUGGCUGGUUGCUUUGUUCUUUUUGCCAUUCGGUUUUGUUGAGUUUGGUUAUUUAUCAGCACAACUAACCAAAUUCACAGACGGAGGUUAUCUUCCUGUAUUGUCUGCUAUCUUCUUGACCAUGGUCAUGGGAAUCUGGCAUCAUGUUCAAAAGGAAAGAUACAUGUUUGAACUCAAGAACAAGGUUUCCACUGAUUAUUUAAGAACACUAGCCAACAACCCAAAUGUUAAUCGUGUACCGGGAAUUGUACUUUUGUAUUCUGAGCUUGUACAAGGCAUUCCUCCUAUAUUCCCACACUUCAUUGCCAACAUACCAUCCAUCCAUUCAGUUGUUGUGUUUGUUUCCAUUAAGGCAAUUCCUAUUAGUAGAGUUAUAUUGGAAGAGAGGUUCCUGUUUCGGCAAGUGGAGCCAAGAGAAUACAGAAUAUUUCGUUGUGUUGUGAGGUAUGGUUACAAAGAUAGAAUUGAGGAUCCUCUGGUGUUUGAGUCCCAGUUAGUGCAUCACCUUAAGGAAUUUAUUGGACAAGAAAGUUUUAUGGUUAAGGGGACAAAAACAACUGAAAAUGUUCCUACCUGUGACAAUGACAGUGAGAAUAUGGACGAAGUUGAUAUAGUUGUGUCUCGUGAUUCAUCAGAGGGUGUGUCCAAGUCAUCCACUUUCUCUCACCCACCCAUUGAGGGUGUUGAAAAGGAGAUAGAAUUUGUAUACAAUGCAAUGGAGAAAGGUGUAGUGUAUCUGCUAGGAGAAGCAGAGAUAGUGGCAGACCCAAAAUCAUCCUUCUUCAAUAAGAUUAUUGUCAACUAUGCAUAUAGCUUCCUUAGAAACAACUUUAGGCAAGGGGAUACAUCAAUGUCAGUACCAAGGAAAAGACUUCUUAGGGUCGGUAUGACUUACGAAAUUUGA